AUGCCACACCCCCCACGCUCCCACCCGGCCACCCGGAGAGCAGGCCGCAGCCUCGAAUCCCGUUUCUGUCCCUGGAGGUCCAGUUCCGGCAUCCUCCAUGAGGUAGCAGACUUGGACGCUAGGUGGAUGACCGUAGAGCUGGAGGAGGGUAUGAUUCGCCUCGAUGACGAGAGCCUGUUGCGGUUCGUGCUUACACAGAUCCAGUUGGGGAACGCCGUUGUCGAUAUUUGCGCGCAGCAUUAUAUUAAGCCUAGGUGUCUGUCGAUUCCUUGUAGGCUGAUUAGCCUGGUUUCGGAUUCUUAUGCGGUGAUCCAGGCUGAGACCUCUCGGAUGGUGAUGUGGUGGAUUGAGCAGGUUAUACUUGGGAAGGCGUGGCUUGACCGACGUGUACUUUUUGCUCCUCGUGAGAUGGUUGAAAUAGUGAGUUAG